AUGGAUUCCAAUUCAAGCCAGGUUGCACCUGUGGAUGAUAGCCAAAUCCAGAUCUCUAUCCAGUCUGCAACUCAAGAUGACAGUCAAACGGAGACGAGACACAUGAAUCCUCAGCUCUACAAGGCCGCUGCAGGAUGCAAAACCAACGAUGAGGUCAGCGAUAUCCUCAAAAGAUUCCAUGACCUUGGAGACAAACUAACCCCAAUGGAGAACACUGUCCUCCACAUUGCAGCCCAGUUUGGUGAACAAGAACGCGUGCAAUUGAUCCUUGAGCAACCUUCAGGCUCAUCUCUACUGCAACGUAUAAAUAAACUUGGUGAAACUCCAGUUCACCUUGCAGCCAGAGAAGGGCAUCUGAACGUGGUGCAAGCUCUCAUUGAUGCUGAAACAGAAAGGGUUGAAUUCCUGAGGAUGAAGAAUCAUGAGGGAGACACAGCCUUGCACGAGGCAGUGAGAUAUCAUCACCCUAAGGUGGUGAGGUUAUUAAUUGAGAAAGACACGGAGUUUACCUAUGGUCCUAAUGAUAAAGGUAACACUCCACUUUACAUGGCUGCGGAGAGGGGAUUUGACGACUUGGUGAACAUAAUCCUAGACAAUCGUCGCAGUUCACCAGAUCACAGGGGCCUCAUGGGUAGAACGGCUUUGCAUGCCGCCGUAAUCUCCAAACACCCAGAAAUGGUUCAGAAAAUUCUGGAAUGGAAAAGAGGACUAAUUAAAGAGGUUGAUGACCAUGGGUGGUCUCCGCUUCAUUGCGCUGCAUACUUAGGUUAUACUUCAAUUGCAAGGCAGUUACUAGACAAAUCAGAAACUGAGAGUCAGGUAAUCUACUAUCGGACCAAAGAUGAGGGUAAGAAGACAGCACUUCACAUUGCUGCGAGCCGUGGUCAUAAGGGAGUAGCAAAGCUUCUGGCAUCGUACUAUCCAGAUUGUUGCGAACAAGUAGAUGGUAAAGGCAAUAAUGCUAUUCACUUGUUUAUGUCGCAAAGGCGUCAUUUUCUAAAAUUGUUCUGUGCUCGUUGGUUCCGUGCGAGAGGACUACUCAAUGGGAAGAAUAAAAUGGGACAAACGCCUCUCCAUUUACUUGCUGAUUUCCAAAUGGAUCAUGGUACAGAUUUCAUAAUGAGUCAAAAGGUAGAUAAGAUGGCGCUUAAUGAACAGAAUUUAACCGCCACAGACAUAAUAUCAUCAGCCAAGGACUCUCUCGGAAGACAGGACUCAAUCCUAAGAAAAUUGAAGAGUGUCAAAGCUAGGGCUGGACCUUUGGGUUGGCAGUGGGCCCUCAAGGCCAUCAACGAAAACAAAGGUGUGAACAGAAGCGAAUACAAAGGAGGUGUGAGGGAAAGCGAAGACAAAGGAGAUGUGAGUAGAAGCAAAGACAAAGGAGAAGACAGUGGAGGCCGAGACUUCAUCAAGGCCAUGAAGAAAAAAGGUGAAAACCAUUUGCUAGUAGUCACACUGAUAGCAACUAUCACCUUCGCCGCAGGUUUCACCUUGCCUGGUGGGUAUAAGGACGAUGAUGGCAUGGCCAUUUUAAGCAAAAAAACAGCUUUCAAAAUAUUUGUUGUGGCGGAUACCACAGCCUUGGUGCUUUCCAUGGCUGCUGUUUGCGUCUAUUUCUUCAUGGCGUUAAAUAAUCGGAAGGAGGUCCUCCAUGACUUCUUGAACUGGGGAUUUAAUCUAACCAUGUAUGCCAUCGCAGCGAUGAUGAUUGCAUUCAUGAUGGGCCUCUACACCGUCUUGCCAGAUUCUGCAUGGCUUGUAGUGUUCCUUUGUGCCAUUUGUGGCUGUUUUUUCAUCUUCUUUUCUUAUAUACUUCGGAAGUUCUAUUCAUCAUGGAAGGUGAUGAUAAAAUCAAGUUUCUGGCUUAGAAAGUUCAAAUUAUUUGUUAUAAAGCGGCAACAACUUCCACUGAUGCGGCGGGGAAACGGUUUGUUUUAG